UGCGAUUUUCGUCACCCGACAUAGUGCACGCAUAUUUUUCUCUGUCGAUAAUGUUUUUUCAUCCGCAAAAACUAACAUCUUAUUUGAAACGUUUAAACAUAUGAAAUAGUUGUGCGGACACUAUAUUAUGUUAUUAUAUUAUACUAUACGAUAUACCUGACACGCGCGAGUACCUACUGAGCAUAACGAACCUCUCGUGACAAUCCAAUCUCAAUCGAUCGUGAUGGUCGACGAACGACAUAACGUAAUAAAAUUUUGGACUAUCGUGCCGAUGAAACGUUCCGCGGUGCACCGAUACGAUCUCAGCAGGACUGCGGAAAGAGCUCACUGGUCUGCACUCGAUGCACUGGACUUGGCAGUAUCUUCGGGAACGGUCGUCGGGACGUUCGCAGAAGCAAACGUCUUCUUCACGUGGACUCCCCGACCUACGGACGGAGGAGAAUCUUUGUUACCUGUACGGACACGAUCGGACGACAACGAACGCGGCACGGUACGUCAACUGCACGAGGAUAUCAACCUGCAGGCCUGUAUUACUGCGGGAAGGUACGAUUUUCAGCGGCUUUCUGCCCCACGGUGCCAUUGCGAUUAUCCACAGCCGCCGGAUGCAGACCUCAUAACCGUGGACAUCGAUCACGCUGGAGCCGAUGGCGUUAAACGGAAUACGACGAAGGACGGCUCAUCGCAACCGCAUUCGAAAAUAUCAGCGUCUUCGUCGUCUUGUUGGCGACGGUCAAAAAAAUUCGUGACGGAUUUAGUCGUCUAUGUUGCGUGUGCCGUUUGUCUGUGCUGUUAAAGCCCGGGCCGUGCGAGUGGGACAGGAUUGGCACAAUCUCCAGCUCUUUCUACGCAAUAUUUUUUCAAUGCACACAUUUCAAAGAAAAUAUUAUGCCAAAAUAUAAAAUAAAAAGUGCUUAUGUUACGAAAAAUUCCUAAAUGACAAAUGUAUAAUGCAUUUAUACCCGAUAACCAUAUUAUACUAAGAUAAAUAUUAAUAUUUAAAAAUUAUAAAUAAUAAUAGAUUAAUA